AGUAGGAAUCGUCGAUUGGAGCCCUAAUUUUGUUCGGCUUCCUCACGCCGCGAGCCUUUCCAUACCCUCCUUCGAUCCCCCCACCCUUCUUCAACUUCCCAAUCUGUGCCUUAGGUUCUUGGAAUCCCCACCGGCACGCAGCGAACAUGCUUCUGUCGCCCGGCCAUUCCCCUCGCCAGAUCUCUACUCCCCCCUCCUCCUCCUCCCUCGCCGCCCGAACCCCCUCGACUGCCGAUGGAGCGCCGUCCUCCUCCUCCGAGGUCGCCGCCGGCAACCCCCGGAAACGCCGCGCGGCCGUCCUCGACGAGGACACCUACGUCGCCGCCAUAGAGCGCAUCGUCGAGCGCGACUUCUUCCCCGACAUCCCCAGGCUCCGCGACCGCCUCGAUUGGCUCGAGGCCGUGCGCUCCGGCGAUCCCGUCCUCAUCCGCGACGCCCAGCUCAAGAUCCUCGAACGCCGGGCCGCCGCUGGAGAACCCGGCGCCGCCACCGCCUCCGCACGCCGCUCCCGGACCCGCACCCCCGGAUCCUCCUUCUUCCCCUCCGCCACGCCCUUCGGCUCCACCCCGUCGAUCCCUCCCGCGGGUGAUGGUCCCUCAGGCCCCGCGACGCACGACGAUCCCUUGGCCGACGUCGACACCUCCCUCUCGCUGGAUGAGUUCCUUGGUCGGUACACUAGCGAGGAUAACGAGAGCUUCUCCAAGAUCAUGGAGAAGGUCAAUCGCAAGAGGAAAGAGAAAUAUGCCCAUCUGUUGGAGGGCGAGAAGGAGACGCCGAUUAAAACCCUAGAAGACGUGAAGAAGGACCGGAUCACCGAUGGAUAUGGAACCUCCGGGCAGCCGGUUAGCACCUUGGAUGGUUGGAAGUACACGGCGAAGAAUCUCCUCAUGUAUGAUCCGGCGGACGGGGGGGAGGUGCCACUGACCGAGGAGGAGCAGGCCGAGCGGCUCAAGGGCCUCACCAAGGAGAUCAACCGUUCCAACACCCGGUUUCACGGCAAAUCAGCAUCCGAAUCAAGGCCCACGAAGGACGAGGAGUCUGUCGCAAUUCUCUACACCCCGGUCGCUGGUACCACUCCGACUGGGGCUGCUUGGCCUUUCGCUGAUCGGGAGGCUGAGAGGUCUAAAAAGUAUGACUUGGAGGAUUUGAGGAAAACACCGAACCCCUUCUUUGAGGAAUCAACCAAGAAAGGAGAGAAUGGCUACAGCUUUGUCAGGACUCCGUCCCCUGCACCAGGUGUUGAUGAAUCCCCAUUCAUGACAUGGGGAGAGAUAGAGGGCACACCUCUGAGAUUAGACCUCGAGGAGAUGCCCGCCGGCAUAGGUGGAAGCAGUGAUGGGCCUCACUUUUGGAUCCCUUUGCCUUCAUCUCGGGAUGUGAAAGCUCAUUCUUUGGCGAGGGAAGCUGCACGUAAGGUGAGAGAGAGGUCUAAGAUGUUUCAAAAGCCACCAUUGCCAUCACCAGCUCGAGGAGGCAGUGCCAGCCCAAGUGUGCGAACACUUUCUCCAGCUGCUCAGAAGUUUGUUAGGAAUGCCAUUGCCAAGUCUUCUCGCUCCGUGGAUGAGACUCUUCGAGCUAGCUAUCGUGGGUCUAGCCCAUUCGCAAGCACCCCAAAAGAGAAGACGAGGUUUUCAAGGGAUGGGAGCUUAGGAUCAAGAUCUCCUUCAACAAGACAGGGAUCUACUCCUCCCUGGUGAUGUAGUCUUCCCCCUCUUAUUAGAUAAAUAUAAAAAAACAACAACUUUUGUGUUUUUCUCUUUCGCUGUGUGCUACUGAUGUGUAACGAACACAUGACAAGACAAAGUUCUGCUGAACAUGGGGGUGAUUGCCUGCUUGUUUUAUA